CCCCUCCUCAGCCCUGCGCCCCUUCCCCCUGCAGCCGGCACUUGGUACGGCCGGGCGGUUGGCGUCCUCCACGGCCGCGGCCAGGGGCGGGAUUUUCAAAUCUGCGGUUUGGAGGAGUGGAGGCGGCCCCGGCUCUGGUGCUGGAGAUGGAGGAGCAGACACGAGUCGGUGUGGCGGGGCUCGGCGCCCCUCAGGACUGCAGCAUUCAAGAAAAGAUAGACUUAGAGAUCCGAAUACGAGAAGGAAUACUGAAGCUCCUUUCCCUGAGCACUCAGAAGGACCAGCUUUUACUCGCCGUGAAGAAUCUCAUGGUGUGCAAUGCCCGGAUAUUGGCUUACACCUCAGAGCUGCAGAAACUAGAGGAGCAGAGUGCAAAAGGAACUGCAAGGGGUGAUGCCAAUUUGCAAAAUAAAGAACGAACGGCGUGUAAAGGAAAGAUCGCCAUUUCAGAUAUUCGAAUACCACUAAUGUGGAAAGACUCUGAUCACUUCAGCAAUAAAGAAGGAUCACAACGAUAUGCCAUUUUUUGUUUGUUUAAAAUGGGAGCUGAAGUUUUUGAUACUGACAUGGUGAUUGUGGAUAAAACAAUUACAGAUAUAUGUUUUGAAAAUGUAACAAUUUUCAAUGAGGCAAGGCCAGACUUUCAGAUAAAGGUGCAAGUGUACAGCUGCUGUGCAGAAGACUCCUCCAUCGCCAACACACCUAGGAAGCUAGCCAAGAAACUGAAGACGUCCAUAAGCAGAGCUACAGGGAGGAAGAUCAGCUCAGUGCUCCAAGAGGAUGAUCCUGAAAAGUGCUCGCUCUUCAGCUCUGCUGUCUCUGGCACAAAGUAUAAUUUGCUAGCCCAUACUACUCUAACAUUGGAAAGCGCAGAGCACAGCUUCAAGACUCAUAAUCUGUCUAUUAAUGGCAACGAGGAGUCCUCAUUCUGGCUUCCGCUCUAUGGCAACAUGUGCUGCCGAUUAGUCGCCCAGCCAGCGUGUAUGGCCCAAGAUGCCUUUACAGGAUUUCUUAAUCAGCAGCAAGUGGUAGAAGGUCUGGCUCGUUGGAGAAGGUUAUAUUGUGUUUUGAGAGGUGGAAAGCUGCGCUGCUUUUACAGUCCAGAAGAAAUCGAAGCUAAAGUGGAACCAACUUUGAUAGUGCCUAUUAACAAGGAAACCAGAAUUCGAGUCAUGGAUAAAGAUGCCAAGAAAAGAAUGCAUAGUUUCUCUGUGAUCAACCCGGUUUCUGGACAAGCUGUCACUCAGAUUUUUACAGUUGACGAUAGAGAAGAUCUUCAGAAGUGGAUGGAAGCCUUCUGGCAGCAUUUCUUUGACUUUAGCCAGUGGAAGCACUGUUGUGAAGAACUUAUGAAAAUUGAGAUUAUGUCACCACGGAAACCACCUUUGUUCUUGACAAAAGAGGCGACCUCGGUCUACUAUGAUAUGAGCAUUGAUUCACCCAUGAAAAUUGAAAGUUUAACUGAUAUAAUACAAAAAAAAAUUGAGGAGACAAAUGGACAAUUCCUUAUUGGUCAACAUGUAGAAACGGCCCCACCUCCUUGGGCCGCACUUUUUGAUGGUGACCACAAAAUGGUCAUCGAGAAAAAGAUACUGUCUCCUGCAAGCGAACAGCCACCUGACGGGAAAAGGAAAAAGAGACGAGCUCCUCUUCCUCCUUCUGAUAAACCUCCAUUCAGCUUAAAAGCACAGAGCAAUUCAGAGCAACAAACACUGGAGGACAACUGGGGAAAAACAGACGUAUCUCGGACUUCACCUUUAGAUACCAAACUGUCAACCCUGAUGCACCACAUACAGAAACCCAUGGCUGCACCUCGAAAACUGCUUCCUGCCGGGAGAAAUAGCCUUCCUGACAGUGAGCAAGCAGACACUCAGACCAGCUGUGAAGCCAAGCCAGUGCCAGCCCCACGGCAGAAAUCCAUCAAAGACAUUUUGGACCCCAGAUCAUGGUUGCCAGUAUAGAAAACCUUUCAUGCACAUAGCGUCUAAAAACAUCUCUAACUGUGAGGUUUAAUUCAGGGAUAUUACAAACGUAGUAUUGUGUGAAGGUAGAGGUAAAUAUGAUAGUGAUUCACAUAAAUAAUUAAUAAGCUCUUAGGUGUUGAAAGGCAUUUUAUAUUGAAGAAAAGACUUUUUCUUUUCUUCUGAUUUCAGAAUAUGAGUGAUUUUCCCUGCAGAGGGCAAGAGGCAGUUUGUAGACAAUAAUCUAAUUGUUGGAAGGGUUAAUUUAUUCCUAAAUUAGUACCAGGCAGUGAAUAAGCACUAGGCAGAAGAAAGCAUUAAAAUUUCUUUGGGGGAAGAGAUUGUCUAGUAAUUUAAAAUGUGUUAAAUGUGAGCCAUAUUCUCAUUGUGAGAAUUUUAAUACUAAUGGAAUGUUUCAAAGGUUUUAUUCAAACCACAAAUUAUAGAAUCCGCCCAAGAAAAUUUUCUUCUUAGCAUUCUGGAUUUGUCAUCUCAUGGUUCACUGGCUCUCUUCUAUUGUUUAACUCACUAGUUUAUAGGCCUGACCUUUUAAAUUCCUGGGAUAAAUUUUGGAAUAUUAAAUUCUUCAUCUUUAAAGGGAACUUGUAAUGUGCUAUUCAUAGUUGUUCCCUUGAUGAGCCCUGAAAUCCUAUUGACAUGAACUCUCAUAAGUGAAGCAUAACAUCCAUUAGUUUAGACAAACGGUAUUGAAAUGGCCUUAAAAUCUACUUUUCAGUAUGCGGCGCUAAUCUCCACUAUGACUUUGGAAUUCAGGGAAGUGAGUAGCUCAUUAGCACUUUAAAAUUUAUCUAAGGUUUAUUUAAAAAGCAGAUGGCAGAUUCAAAAAUAUCCGGAAAAUUUGCCCCGUAAAAAUAUUCAGAAUUAAUCCUUUUAGAAAUUUUAAUCAGUUUUCCUUUUGCUAGUAAUAAGGGUCGAUGUCUGCUGUUGACAUUCCUCAUUAAAAGUUAUAUUUUUACAAUAAUGACAUUGGAAUCAUUUCCAUAAGAGGUAACUUUCAUACAGUUAAUCAUAGUGACCCAAAUAGAAUUAUGAAAUCAAGUACAAAAUGAGUUAAUUUCUUUUUAAAAAAAAUCAAUUUUUUAAAAAAUAAUAAUGCUUCUUAUAAACGAGAACAGAAAAGCUGAAUUUUCAAAUAAAACCGUAAGACAGUUUCCAUAAGGUGUCAGUAAUAGCAUUAAAAAUCUCCAAUCACAGUGUACCCUCAAACCUCAUUGCAAGAAAUAAAAAUAUAAGAAUUAAAUUACUAUCCAGAAUCUAAUCUCCAGAGAUCUUUUUAAAAGCUAGUGAGAACUCUACUUGGAUCAGAACCUACGUUAUUACAAAAUAAAAUGAACACUUGACCGACCGAAAAAAAAAAAAAAGAAGCAUUCAUUUAAAUGGAGUCUUUGUUAUUUUUAGAUAGCAGAGUCUUUUUUCAUUUGUAGAGAGUGAUGUAACUGCCAGGUUACUUUUGUGCUUGCCCAGUGCUCCUAGGAAGAAUUGGAACUCUAGGGAGCAACAGUACAAAAGGUCUCUUGUGAUUGGCCACACCAUGACAGACAUAGUGUUUGGUAAAAAGAAAACACUAUAUGCUCGCCUGAUGGAAUUUAGAAGCAGUCCCGUGUACAAAAACCUCAACACCAAAGCAAAACAAACCAAAAUAAGAUUGAUUUUUUUUUUUCCUAAAUAGAAGACUCAUACAUUUCUGUCAGGCUUGCCAUUUCAAUAUAUGAUAUACAAAAAAAAAAUCUAAAGGGUAUUUUUGAGUUAUUUAUUUUUUUAAAUCCCACUGUUACCUUUAAUGUUUGUGAUGUCUUUACCACUAAAUUAUGGACGCAGAUGAUGCUGCCGGCCAAAUUGUUCCUGAAGCUGGAAUUUAAGCAUUCUUCCCCACCAGCACCUAAAUUGAUGCCUUGCUUUGUGACAAACCAAUAUUAACAUUUCCAAAUUGUAUUCUUGUCAUUUCUUUUCAUGGAAGUUGUACAAGAAAGAGAAUAUAUUCACAGAGAUGCUGCCUAACAGCUGUGCCCUCCGAGGGGGACUUUGAAGAGGAAUGAAGGCUUCUUGCUGGAGCCCUUAGGGGAGGCCUUCGGGGGCACCAGCCCAAUCCUCCCGCACCACACCGUUGCCCUGACUUCCAGAGGCCUGUCCCAGUGUGUGUUACGGAACCCCUCAAGUCCAUCUGGAGUCCUCAGAUGUGCUUCCUGGGACCCUGUGGUUCCUUCUGGGCUUGACCCUCCACAAUCCCCCAUAGAGAGACAUAAGCAUUGUUGUUUUUGUUUGUUUGUUUCUUCAGUCCCUUUCUACCUUCCCUCUCCUUGUCCUCUACAUUCCUUCCAUCACGGUUGAGAAAAUAAUCUAAGAAUACCGAGCUAAACAUCGUCAAAGAGUUCAUCAAAGGAAGUGUUUCUCGGUUCCUAACCCAGAAGUUUGUAAUUCAGAAAUAUGCCUUGUGAUGUGAAAGGCAUUUCAGCUCAUCAUGAGCUGGUUUUUCACAUUUCCCUUUUGUCCCUUUUGUUUUCUUUUGUAUUAAGACACCAAAACUUGAAGAAUUAACUGUCAGAUCUUCAUAGUGAUCACUGGAAUACAUAGCAUAAAAGUCUAGAUAUCUUAUCAUUUUGAUGAGCUAAAGAUAAUAUUCAAAGACAAUUGCAGUUACACAUCAAAUUCUGGGAUAUAAAUUUCUUAUAACAGCACUAUGAUAAUAAUAUUUGUCAUGGCUACAAGAUGGUCUUUUUAUGGUAGAAGGGCAGAGAAGCAUUUCCUUCAUUACAAAUGUGUACCUCCCAAAGUAAACAGUCUUCCAGAAGUAUCUAUCAGACAUGCCAGCUCUUGCUGAGUUUUGUUAAAUCCACCUUUGCUGUCUACAGUGCCCCCUGACUUCUUUUUAAAUGGAUGUGAAUGUACAUGGGAAACCGAAUCCAUUUAUUAUAAAUGCCUUAUCUUCACCCUUUAGGAUCCUACUAAAUUUAUUUUACCUUGUCCUAUUUGUUAGAAAUGGAAGCUGCCCUGACUUAGAGACAGCUCAUAUAAGAUAGGCUAAGCAGUCAAGUGUUUCUGUAGGCUCAUAUUCGCUACCUCAGCCACCUACUGAGAAGUUAAUUAAUUCAGUCCAGAACCAAGUUAUAAGGCAGUUUGGUGCAAUUCAUGUUAAAUGCCAUUUGAAUGUAAUCACCUGUGUUACUCAAAAUGAAGAACAACCAUGCUAGAGAGAGACUACUCUGUGUUAUGAACAGGAAAGAAAAGCUUUUGCUGGGAAAAUAUCGGUCCCUCAGGUCAGAAUUUAUCAAAACCUGUUGCCUUUGAAAACUAAAUUAUUGAACAUGAAUUAAACUUUGAGGCCUGUCUGUCAUCUGCUGGUUAUCUUCACUGGCCAUGGAGUCUUAAGCUGUAAUAGAGAUUGAGGUGACUUUACAGACCUCCAGUUCAGAAGCAGCACUGUUUUUAAAUGUUUGCUUGCUCACAUAAUCCUGGUUCACUGCUAGUGAUUGUCAUAUAACAACUCUUUUCUCUGAAUCAUGUAGUUUCUUAGUUAAACUCCAGGAAAGAUGUAAGCUUUGAGUUUUUAAAAACACCUGAUUUCACCCUGAAAAAUAUAGUGGAGUGUAUUACUUUCUUGGAUGUGCUUGUAUAAUUGGAAUUAUUUGUAAUUUUAUUUUUGGUUAAAUAUGGGUCAAAACUCUGGAUUAAAAAGUAUCAAUUAUUUUCCGCAGACACAUUUUUUUAAAGUAUCAAGGAUAUUUUCUAAGGAAACUCAAGUCAUGUGAUUAAAACUUCUUUAUUAAAAGAUGUGAUU